CUGAUAUUUUCGCGUAAGGUAAACAAAGAUGGCGGAUGACUGUGCACGAGAGGAUGUUAAAAAUCAUGUUUGCACAGCAACAGUUUUACAAGACAUCUCUGUCAUCACUAAUACAAUACUGGAAAUGCUUCCUAUGAAGACACUUCAUGCCUGUUCAAGGGUUUGCAAAUCCUGGCAUGAAAUAGUGCGGUCUAUUAAGCAGAAGAGGAGAGACUUACAUUGGUUAUGUGUCCAUGGAGGGGAAGAGGAGGAAAUACAAAACAACGGAAUUGUACAGAAUUUGACACUGGCAUUUCAGAACUUAACCUCGGAGCCAGACCAUGUUUUUGUUUUCUACACCUCAGCAUUGUAUGAGGAGACCCUACAUAUACCAACCAAAAAUCAAAGUCGGAGACCCAGAGGAUGCCAGAUGCAGUCAUGUGAUGUUGAUAGUUUUCUUAAAUCUCUGGUACCCAGUUCCUGCAAGUGCUACUCAGUUGCAGCAGAUGGAAUUAUUGGAAGCACUGGAAACAUGUCAGAAGAAAUUGAGCAUGCUGAGAUGGCAGUAACUUAUUUAGCUAUUCCUAGACUACCAGGCCUUGAAAUUUAUAAUUUUUUUAUUGACUUGAACAAACACAUUUCUGUCAUGAGUCCAGAAAUCCCUGAUCAUUUCAAUGUUGAGGAAGUGACCUCAGUGCCAUUUGAUGUGGAGGUCAAGGCCAUACUGUUUUUCUCCGACCUUCAUUUUUGUCCCCAGGAGAUUCAGCUAGGAUUAAUGGACUACUACAAUGGCUGCCCAGUGGUUGGGGGAUAUGUUGAUCAUAUUCAGUCACCGCUAUGUGAUGAUGAAUGUCCCGAGUCCCAGGUUCGCUGCAUCGCCCUGUGUGGACCAAAUGUACAUGUGGCAUCUGUCAUUGUGAAGGAGGACAUAAGUGAGGAGAAACAAAUAGAAAAAGAACUUUUGAAACUCAAGGAGUGUAACCUACCAACAGAGAAGACAUUUGCUUUUAUGUUUGCAUGCCUCGGAAGGGGAAAAUCUUACCAUAAAAACAAAGAAAAUGUGGAGUCUUCCAUAUUUAGACGGAUAUUUCCACAUACACCAUUGUUUGGCUUCUUUGGUAAUGGAGAGAUUGGCAUGAAUUAUCUUCAUCCAUAUGAUCCCAUUCAAAACUGUUCCAAGUCAAAAAAGUCCAAAUUCGAAAGACACCAUCCAAAACUUUCCCAUGCUUACACUUCUAUAUUUCUGUUGGUAUCCAUCACAUCUGGCAAGAUGUGAAAAAUAUUGUGUAUAUUUUUUUUUAGCUCGCCUGAAUUGAGAGUUGGGUGAUGAUAAUUGAAAACGGUUCUGCAUUAUGGUAUCACUAGGUCAAAGGUCAAGGUCACAAUUGACAUAAAUUUAUGGUAGGGGUCAGGGAUGACUAGAGUUACAGUCACAUUAAAGGAAUUCAGAUGUAUGUAGGAUCAUAUACAGAAUUCCUCCACAUAUUCGUACAUGUAUAUUAAAGCUUUCUGAAUACAAGUGUCACUUUUUAUAAGUCAGAUAAAGCUGUUUUGUAGUGUUUAGGUGAAUAUAAACAUCAUGAUUUGAUAAUGUAGCAAUAUGUUGGUCAUGCCAGUUUGUUCCAGCUGUUCUGCUUUGUAUUUUAAUCAGGACACUUACAAAGAAUGUCAUGGCAAAGUUCAAGCAAAAUAAAAGAAGAAAUAGUG